AUGCUUGAUUUCCUAGAUCCUCACAGUGCUGGACAGGUGGGGCUGCUGGACACGUGGGGCUGUUGGACAGGUGGGGCUGCUAGACAGGUGGGGCUGCUGGACAGGUGGGGCUGCUGGACACGUGGGGCUUCUGAACACGUGGGGCUGCUGGACACGUGGGGUUGCUGGAUAGGUGGGGCUGCUGGACAGGUGGGGCUGCUGGACAGGUGGGCCUGCUGGACGAGUGGGGUUGCUGGACAGGUGGGGCUGCUAGACAGGUGGGGCUUCUGGAUAGGUAGGGCUGCUGGACAGGUGAGGCUGCUGGACAGGUGGGGCUGCUGGACAGGUGGGACUGCUGGACAAGUGGGGCUGCUGGACAGGUGGGACUGCUGGACAGGUGGGGCUGCUGGACAGGUGAAGCUACUGGCGCAUUUCUAG